CGAAAAUAAAAUCGAGAUCGAAAUUGUGAGCGAUUAGUCCACGCAGACUCAAGUCGCCAUGCUCUCAAUAGAAUUGAAUACGCAGGUGUCGUGAUGAUGACAGAUUUUCAAAAUGGUGGACUUAAAAAACUGGAGGUAUUCCCAACUUAAUCUAAUCUUGCGAGUAUUAUAGAGUGUGUUUUCAAAGCUUUGAGAUGGCGAUCAGCGCCGAUACGACUGGAGCUGCUAAGCUAGCCCAGUGUGCGAAGCGCGAUGAACAGCCCAUCGUGCCGUGGGCAAGUGCACGCCUACUUUUCCUUGGAAUUAUUUUAUACUACGCGGCUAUGCUUCCGCUGAUGCAGCAGCGCCUGCACUGGAAUCCCCCCGUGCGAUCCGCAUCAUCUCCCCUGGAGCUAUUCAGCGAGGAGCGCGCCAUGGAGCACGUGAAGGCCCUGGCGGGGGAGCUGCCAGAUCGGCAGAUUUCCAUGCCACAGCUGCGCAAGGCCCAUGAUUACAUUGUACGGCAAGGGGAGCUGCUGGCGGAGAUGGCGGCGGCGCGGGGCGGCGAUGUCGAAGUCAAGGUGUAUCGUGAGACUGUGACUGGCUCCGUGGCCAUGGACUUUGGCGGGGUGCCCUUCACCAACGCCUACCGAGGACUUACCAACGUGGUCGUCACAAUAACACCCACAAACGCCGCGUCAGCAGCAGCAACAGCACCCACUGCUGCUACUGCUGCUGCUACUGCUGAGGAAAAGGCGGAGGAUGAAGGGUCGAAGGAGGCGACAGCGGGGCCCGAGGGGGCGGGGGGGCCCCCCCGGAGGAGGGGUCUGCUGAUAGCCUCCCACCAUGACAGCGCGGUCGCAUCUCCCGGCGCCUCGGAUGACGUCAGCAUGGUGGCAGUUGUACUGGAAGUUGCCCGGGCAAUAUUGUCUCGUCCCACAUCCUCCCUGCCUGCCGUACCGCUCGUACUGCUCUUUGAUGGUGGCGAGGAGAGUAUCUGCCAGGCAGGCCAUGGGCGCGGGCGGACUUCCCAUCUUGUUCCAGCACACGGGCGCCUGGACGGUGACGUCCUGGGCCCGGGGGGCGAAGAACGCUCACGGGGCGAGAAUUGCUCAGGCGGGUGGCCAGGCGGGGACAUUUUCGACACGGGUAUCAUCCCCGGGGAUACCGACUACCGAAUGUUCUCAGCCCGCCACUUUGGCAGCUUGCCGGGCUUAGACAUCGCCUUCAUUCGGGACAGUGCCGCCUACCACUCGCAUCUGGACAGCGUAGAGAGGCUCCGGAAAGGGGCGCUGCAGGGUCAAACGGCGGCUGGGGUGAUGCGUCGUAUGUUGGCAGCGGCAGUGCGGGCGCUGGGGGCGCUGGUUUCGGCGCUACUGGCACCGGCUGUGCUGGGCGUGCUGCGCGUGAUGGUGUCAGGCAUCGCAAUGAGCUGGUAUGCCAACCACUGGAUAGCGUACGCCAGUUUCUUACCGUUAUCGUUGGCGGCUGCCGUACGCCCCUGGUUGCGUUUGAGGGAGGAGGCGAUGGAGCGGGCAGCCGGGCAGCAGGGGCAUUACGUGGCGUGUCAGGUGUACGGUAUUGGCCUGGUGCUGUCGGUGCUUGCUGCAGGGUUGUGUUUCAUCGGCAUGCAGGGUUUCAGUCAGGUGUUUGCGAUGGGGGGGUUGCUGGCAUUUGUGGUUGGCAGUUUGCUGGAUAACGGAGCGGAUGACGCUUUCCCGGCAUCAGCGGCGGCGGCAGUCGCGGCGGCGGUGGCGGCGGCGGAGGUGCACCCUGGCGGCGCAGCUACGGCGGCGGAGGUGCAGGAGCCGCCGCCGUCACCCGCGCGGGAACGGCGGGAGCUAGCAGAGCAGCUACAACCGAAACCAAGCCCCUCAGCCAAGCUGGUUCUCGGAAUCGCCGACUCCAACCCCUGGGCACAGCUCUUCCCCGACCCCGCGGCCGCCACGGCAUUGCCUACUGUACGACACGGCUCCGCCGUACGGUACGAUGGUCUUGCACAUGAGUACGCGUGGCUGCACCCGCUGGACCGUUUGCUGGGCAAGAUGGUGCUGGACGCGGAGCCAGUGGCGGAGCCACCGGUUGCCGUACCGCCGUACGUACGGAAGCUGCCGGUGUACGGCACAAGUGCCGCGGGCGCUCGCCGCCGGCCCAACUACUACCACAUGGUGCGAUUCAGCCACGAGGCUGAUUCACCUUUUUGGGACUUGUGGGUGGAGCUUGAAGGUGCCAGUAGUAACGGUGGCGCGGACGGCAGCGGGACUGACCCGUGGGUCGUUGUGGAGUUGUCAGUCACCUACCUGCCGCUCACGCGCGAGCUGAAGGCGGUCCGCGAUGCGCUGCCCGACUGGGUUGCGCCCACGUGGAUUGGUACGACAUAUCAUUCGUCGUAUACAUUUUAG